AUGGCUUUCGCCGAUGAGCAGCCUGGCAUGUCCAGUUCCGCGGCAGCGAAACUCAUGGUAGAGCAGAACGGUGAGGCCGAACAGGGGUCGUUGCUGGCGGAGACGACGCCGGACACGACGCCGGACACGACGCCGGACACGACGCCUUCCGUGCCGCGGCGGUGUUUUGUGGCCCAUGUGGGCUGUGCGCUGAGCCUGGCGUUGGUUUUACUGCUGGGUUUCGGCGAAAAAGCUGGGAUGGACAUGGCAAAUCUCAAAGAGUUUCAGCAGAAGCAGGCGGUGCCUGCGGUUCAGUUCCAGGUGGGAGGCACCUUGGUCCCUGGCCCCGGCUGCCCGGUCACCUGUGGUGAGUUUGUGGAAUGUGCCUUCGAUCGGCGCAGCAAGCAGAACCUACUGGAUCUGCAGUGGCUAGCAGACGGGCAAAAUGAAACCGCCGCCGCCGGGCUCCCGGGAGGAGAUCUGGCUUACGACACGGCCAAAGGAUCUCUGGUCAUUGCUCCGCAGCUCGUGGCAUUUUUGAAGCCCACCAGGCUGGCCAAUAAGCAGGUUAUCCCGAUGACGCCAGACUUCCAGUGUCCCAACACUAGCUGCUGGAUACCCAGGGGCUAUUUGAAUGAUGAUUACUGUGAUUGUCCAGGAAGCUGCGCUGAUGAAGAGUUUCACAGCUGUGAGGAGUGCGGAGUGGGACUGACAUCGUUUUCGUCCUUUUCGGUGAGUCCUGAUGUGUGUCCUGACCGUGGAUGUCGUGACCCGGCUUUGGACCGGUUCUUCAGCCAACGCUGCUUGGGACCCGGGGUGGUCACGGAUCCUUUCAUUUGUCCGGACGACGGUGGCACACCUGGGUGCACCAUCAACAAGAGCUUGGUGGACAACAACGUGUGCGACUGCCCUGGCACCUGCGCGGACGAGACAAACUACACUUGCGACAACUGUUCCUGCGUUUCUUUUUGCGGCGUCUCUUCUCGUUGGGCUUGCAGCCCUUCCUACGGAGUAUUUCAGUGUCCUCCUGUAGCUCCACUCGAGGUGGGUUGCGCUAUCCCUUCUUUGCUGGUCAACAAUUCGAUUUGCGACUGUCCAUGGACUUGUGCGGACGAAGCCCCGCAACAAGAGUACAUGGGACAGGUGUAUCCGGUGAAUUGUGAUGUUUGCCAGUGCCCCACCGCCUGUGAACAGCUCUAUAACUAUUACUAUGCUGAUUUCACCGAGGUUUUAGAGGCUUCAGGCGGUUUCAUCAGGUGUACAGAAGUGCAAGCCCUUGCGCAACUGCCUCGCUUCCAAUGUCCACCUCCUGGCAAUUGCUCCUUACCAAUCGGAUUUGUGAACGACAACGUCUGCGACUGUCCAGGAACAUGUGCUGAUGAGGAAGAUUGGGACUGUGACACUUGCGUGUGUCCAGAUGUUUGCGGCAUCAGGAAUCGCAAUUGUUUCGACGUUUUCUUCGCUUGCCCGCUCAGCAAUUGUAGUAUCAAUAUUUUCCGUCUCAACAAUGGGAGGUGUGAUUGUCCUGACUGCGCGGAUGAAAACAAUUUUACCUGUGACACCUGCGGUUCUGGGUGCCCCACGAAUGAGACCUGCCACCAAAAUUUUGGCUAUCCAUGUGAAUUUCAGAUCGUUGAGUGCCCACCACCUCCUGACUCAGUGAAUCCCUUUGGUCUCCGGUGCUUUAUUCCUAUCAGCUACUUGAACGACAACUUCUGUGAUUGUUUAGACUGCGUAGACGAAGAGGCUUGGGAUUGCAACAAUUGCUCAUCCGGCUGCCCGAUGCAGUGUCGCGCCAACCCGUUCAACUUCUUUGGGACUGUUUUCACUUUUCGAAAUGAGAGAGGCACCAAUGAGCAGAAGGCAGCCAACUGCUUUGGGCAGCAAUUCAACUUGAAUUUUGCCGUGCAAUGCCCUGGCUACCCUGCCAACAGCAUUUUGCCCACCAAGCUAGGAUGUACCAUACCUUAUUCGGCGCUGAAUGACAACAGGUGUGACUGCCCCACAUGCAGAGAUGAGACGACUGAAACCUGUGGUGAUGGCGUUUGCAGCUCCUCCAUCUUCUGCAGUCCCGGGGGGGUGAACUCGCGGAUCUGCAAAUGCCCCAGCAGCUGCGGGGAAUCGACCAGCUGCGCGGGGAAAUGCAUGGGAGAUCCGCUGCUCGUUGAGGUCGAUGCAGGGUUCCCGCGUGAAUGCCUCUACUACUGUCCGGGCGCUUGUCCCAAGCACGUGCAGAUCCUGAACAACAGCGUGUGCGAUUGUGUCAACUGUGAAGACGAAGCCGACUCGUCCUGUGAUACCUGCCAAUGCCCUGCUGCACCACUGGGUCCAUACCAGUUCAACCCGCAGGGCUGUGGCUUUGAACCCUUGGAUGUGGUGCUUCAGGGGCAGGGCCUCCUGGACUCCGCGUUAGGGCUGAAGCUGCGGUGCUUCAACGGCACAGAUAACGGCACUUCGCCUCCACCGCCUCCACCGCCUCCACCUCCAGAUCGUCCAACCUUUCCUCCAGAUCGUCCAACUUUUCCUCCAGGUGGUGGUCCAACUUUUCCUCCAGGUGGUGGUCCAACCCUUCCUCCAGGUGUUCCAACCCUUGUUCCAGGUGUUCCAGUUGGUCCAUUUGGUCCAACCUUUCCUCCAGGUAGCCUUCCUCCAGGUGGUCCAACCUUCCUUCCUCCAGUGGGUCCAGAUGACAUCGAUGAAUCAAUGGCGCACGAGUUGCUGGAAAGGGCCAGCAAGACGCCCAGAAACCAUCGGUUAGAGCUGGCGUUGGAUGACUUCGUGAGCCGAGCCCUAGCAGAUGAUGACGUCAGGAAAGCCAUGGAGUCUGCGACGGCAGAAGGGUAUAGUGGGCCAGCUUUGCAGGCCGAACUGGAUGCACUGGCCGCGUCCAUCGGGAUGGGAAAAAAGUCGAGGGCCUAUGGUUUGAUGCGUUCGGCGCUGGCAGAACGCGAGGUUCAAAAAGUGUUGGAAAAUUGCGUGACCAAAGGGUACAGUGAAGCAGCCAAGGAGGAAGUAAGGCAGUUGGUGCUCAAGAAAGCUAUGGCGCGCGAGAGGUUGGAGCGCCAGGGGGUGAGCAUUCCAUAUCUACGCAGCACCUUGCCCUCUGCAGGUGACAAAACAUCGCGGCGGCUGCAGUCAACAUUGGCUGAGGCCUUCAAACCCCUCGAAACGUUUGAUUGCCCGGGCACCGAAUGCUUCAUCUCAGAGUCUCGCGUCAACGAUCGCGUUUGUGAUUGCCCUGGCUGUGAAGACGAGGAGGCCUUUGGCUGUGGCACGUGCAUCCCUGUUGUGCCCUUGGGAUCAGUUCCUGUGCCGGCGCAGACCAACAUUGGAGUGGCCGUAGGUGUCAGCCUUGGCGUGGCCGUGGGCGUCGGUUUGGGCGUGGGUCUGGGCCUGUCGGCGGCGCUCAGCGGCGUCUUCGCGGCCGUGGGGCUGGUGCAGUUCACCGUGGCCAACGCGCAGGAAUUCAUCGACAACCCCAACGUGCAGCAAGGCUUGAAGAAGGCCUUCAUUCGAUUGGCCGGCUUAGCCAUCGCCGAAGCGGCCGUGACUCUGAACUGGGCCUGCGCUGGCGACGCGCUGGCGCAGUUGAACAGCAAGCUGCGACGGCUGGGAGAGGCAGUGAAGUUGUGCUUCGAGAUCGAAAUUGAAGGCGAGCAGCAAAGCUUGGAGGCCUGUGAGCUCCUGGCGGGGACCUCCCCCGGAAACGCGGCGCGGGUGAUCAAUGAGGAGCUGAAGGAAGUGAGCGAUCAGGAGGUCCAGGUGGUGCAAUGGACUGCCAAUCCGAAUCCACGCAGCAAGAACCCCACGCAGAACACUGAGCUGCCACGACCCUUCGAAGCGCCUAAGGCAGUGGGUUUGGAUGCCGGCGCGCUGUUGCCCGCGCCAGUCGGACCCAAGGCGCCUGUAGUCGGAGCGCCUGUCGGAGCGCCUGUCGGACCGCCUGCAGUGCAAUCACCGGUGGUUGUGGAUGGGAUGGAUCCGUCUAGGGGAAUAAAAUUUAGUUUUAAUUGAUCAACAUGUGAUGCUGGCAUUUCCAGUUGCACGGGUCAAAGUGAUCAGUGUACACGUUUCACAACUGCAGCCGCGCCUGUGAAUGGGCUUGG